AUGGAAGCAAUUAUACUUCUAAUAAUUCCUGAGCUUAUACCAGUUGCGUUGGAAAUUUGCCAGAUUUCAGAAUUUCGUUUGGAGUUGAACGACUGCAUUUGGAUGGUUCGACGCUCCAGUGGCAGUCGUGAUGAUCCUUCUAAAGUAUCUGUAUUUAAUGGAGUAUUAAAUGGACAUCCUAAAAAGCGACCAUUUUUGUGGAAGUCCGUUACAGUUCGAAUAGUGCUCGGCUUGAUUUCAUUUGCGCUAAUUACUGCAUUCACGUUGCCAUUUCUUUCUUCUUUCCAGGAAGAACUACCCAGCAAUACGGAUCUUCUGUCAUUUAGAUAUGAGAUUGACGAUGUGACUGUUCAUUCCUGCGCUAAGAGCGCGACUCGUGUCAAAGAGCUGCAGCGCAUUUUGGAGUCUGUACGUCGUGAUUUGCUUCAAGCAGCUAGGCAGCUGGAAAAAACCAACGCAGAAGUUGAAGGAGUGCAAAAAACUCUCGUUGAGAAAAAAACGGAGUUAGCAGAACUGCAGAUAGAGCUAGAAACUUUGCGUUUACUGCAGAAGGAACUGCAGAAUACGAAAAAUGUUCGGGUUUCUCUGCCCUUGUCGCCUCCACUUCGUGGGAUAGAGAUUGACAAACGGAUUCCUCGUGGAAAAUUCUUUGAAAAUGCUUUUGAUUUUAGCGGUCGGAAGGAGAUAACUACUUCUCCUGAAGCAGCCUGCCUUUUCAUUGCUUUUGUGGAGAGUGAUGCUGAUUUAACCAGCUUAGCUUUUUGGCGAGAAGGAACCAAUCAUGUUUUGAUAAAUUUUGGAGAAUCUUCUUUGGAGGAGCAUAUGAAUGGAUUGGUUGUUUCACCAGUUUUUAGUAUGGGGUCAUUUAGGAGUGAUUUUGAUAUUACUGCUCACCUAAAGGUCAAUCAUCAUAGAGAGAACGAUUGGGAAGCCUUACCACCACUAUUGCCGUAUCGGCGAGAGUAUCUCUUGUCUUAUGAAGGAUAUUUGGACGGCUCUCUCCGCGAUUAUAUGGUUAAUAUUGUUCAGUCGACUCAGUCUGUUGGUGAUGUUGUCUAUUUAGAUACAAAUUGCUCAGCUGAUGCGCUCUCAUUAUGUGGGAAUACGUCACAGCGAAGUUUCUUGUUGAAAAACUCGAUGUUUGUGCUGAUAUUUGAAGUUCCAAUGUUGGAUUGCAGCAAGCAGUUCAAUCUUCGACUUUACGAAGCGCUAAAUAAUGGUGCUGUACCGGUCAUCAUGUCUUUGAAAGCCAUUCUUCCCUUUCAUGAUGCAGUUGAUUGGCGUUUGGCUGUUUUACAACUUGCUCCUCAGCGGCUUCCAGAGCUGCACUUUAUCCUUCGUUCAAUAUCUCCUUCAGAUAUCCUCGAGAUGCGUCGUCAGGGGAGAUUUUUGCUCGAGAAUUACUUUUUAACUGUUGAAGCACUCACUGAAGCGAUAGUUGCUACUUUACGGAGGAAAAUUGGUGUUCCUGGUGGAUUUUUCGAAGUAUCUGCUGCUGAUUCACUUUUCAACGGCACGUUUACUGCGGAAAAAACCCAAUAUGUUCUAAACACUCCUUUUGAAAAGGAAUAUUUAGGUCCGCCUGAGGCUCCGCACAAAUCUCCUUCUUUCACUCAUAAUUUUACUGCCUUGCAAAAAUAUUCGUAUUCACUAUGGAACAGUGUAGGAAUUGGUAUUGGUGGGUCUCCUGAAUAUUUGCCGUUUGACUCCCCAUUUCCAUCCAAUUUCGAAUUUGAUGAAGGUCUAACCUUUGGAUUCAGACCUAUCACGCCAGGUUCUGGUGUUGAGUUUUCAGCUGCAAUUGGUGGAAAUCGUCCUCUUGAACAGUUCACAGUUGUUCUUCUCACUUAUAGAAGGGAAGCAGUGUUGGUUGCGGCUCUCGAACGGCUGCAUAAUAUGCCAUAUUUAAACAAAGUCCUUGUGGUGUGGAACGAUAACUUGCCUCCUAGUGAAAGGACAUGGCCGAAACUUCAUGUUCCCGUUUUAUUCAUAAAAAGCAAAAAAAACUCUUUGAAUAAUAGGUUCAUCCCUUAUGCGGAGAUUGAAACGGAAGCUGUGCUUUCUUUAGAUGACGAUAUUGACUUGAAACAAUAUGAAAUCAUCUUUGCGUUCAGAGUUUGGCGAGAACAAAGAAGCAAGAUAAUAGGGUUUCCAGCACGUUACCAUGCUCGUUUUAAUGAAGAGAUAUUCUAUAAUAGCAAUCACACUUGCCAGCUUAGUAUGAUUCUUACUGGGGCCGCAUUUUUACAUAAGUGGUAUAUGUACCUCUACACGUAUCAUAUGCCUGAAGUAAUUCGUCAGAAGGUCGAUGAGUUGAUGAACUGUGAAGAUAUCGCUAUGAAUUUUCUUGUCUCUCACAUCACUCGUCAACCGCCUAUGAAAACGACUAGUAAGUGGACGAUUAGGUGUCCUAUGUGUUCCGAGAUGCUCUCACAAGAUGAGUCUCACUUUACAGAGCGGCAUCAGUGCAUACGAUUCUUUACUGAAGUGUAUGGAUAUAAUCCUUUAUUGUUUUCCCAGUUCCGCGUAGUCGACAAGAGUUUCACUUUAGAUUAUGGUGAUUGA